GUAGUUGUUGACUCCAUGAGUUAAAGGUGAUUUUUAAAUUUGUAUAAUCUAAUACAAUACAUUGCUUAUAAAUGACUGUGGAAAAAAACCUAUUUUAAGGGCUUUUUGUCAGGAAAGGCCUCUCUUUCUCCUAUUAAAGUCUAGAGAAAUUAACAUCUCUUUGGAUGGACUGUGUUAUGUUUAUAAACACUUGUAUAAUAGGACUCGAACUUUUCCCAUCGCUGUAACAUAGGCAUACAAGAAUAAAUAAACAAUUAUUACUGGUUCUUUUACAUUUUAUAGAAUACUGUUAUGUAGCUUUUAUAUCAGAUUGUAGUAAAAAAAUAAAAUAGUAAAUAUAAGUACAAUAUUUCGUUUUUAUACUCACAAAUACAAAUAUUCUACAACUACGGAACAUAGACUAUGCAUUUGAAGCCUAGAGGGACACAGCAAAUUAAAUGUGAGCCAAAGCAAAAAAAACCGCCUUCACGUAAAGAUCAAACAAACUAACGCGCGUUAGUAGCGUGUAUAAUAACCGUCGUAUGUCCAUAAUAUUAUGUCCUAAUCAACUGGUAUAUUCGUAUUGGUGGAUAUGUUGCUAUAUUGCAAAAUAAAAAUAAAACAUAAAUUCUAGCAACACUGUGCAGGGUAUUCCCGCUUUUGGAAGAAACAUAAUAUAGAGCAUCCAUAACAAGUCUUACGUAGUAUUGUUCCCAUAAUAAGUUGUGCUGUCACUAGGAACAUACCUUCAUGUGAUUUUGUUUUAGUAAAAAAUUAACAAUGUUACUGUAAGUACUUUCCAUUUUAUUCUCCUGAGGAAGGCAGUAAUAAUUUAGUACUUACUAAAAAAGGAACAUGUCUAAUCCGGACCCUCAUUCAAGAGCCAAGAAAGUUAAAACUAUUGAAGAAGUAUUUCAAGAAGUGAAUAAGAGAUGUGUACGAUUAAAAAAGAAAGAUAUAAAGAACAAUAAUUGUAUACUGUAUGAAGUCCUUGAAAAACUAUUGACGCUGAUGCGAAGUUGCGAUAAUUUAUUUGAUAGUCUGAACCCUAAACUGGAAUAUUUGGGGAGUUACUUUGACGGAUUGCGCGUAGGGCAGCCUACUGAGUACGAUAUCAACGUUAUCCUGACCAUACACAUGGAUUAUAGUAAAAUCAAAUUGGAUGCGGCUGAAAUCCAAAAUGGUUAUACUGCUAUCAGAAUGCCAGCAGAAUUUCGUAGACUAUCCAGGACACCGGACACGGUUAUGAAAGGAUUUAAAAAGACAGAAUUAUGGUGCGAUAACCUUUUCCGCUUAUCAGUUAAAAAGUUUCGAGAAUGGAUGCAAAGUGUUGUAGAAGCAGCUCUGAAUAAAUUACCGUCGGAAAAUGGCAAGCGAAUUCUAAAAAUAAGAAACAAUGAUUAUAAAAUUAAUUUCAAGGUGUCGGGUCCCGCGAAUACUAUCACCAUUCAUACAGACCAUGAUAACGUUAUAGACAUCGAUCUGGUGCCGACUUUAAUGUUUCAACUGCCAAAACGACCAAAUUCAUCAACCAUUGACUUUGGAAAAGUUCAGGACUCUGGCUAUUCUUAUUACUUCGCUGUGCCAAAACCUACUGCUCACGAUUAUAGUUGGAGACUGGCUUUUCCUUAUCAGGAACGAUAUUACAUAAAAGAUAAAAAUAAUUUAAAAAGUACGUUGAAAUUGUUGAAGCAGUUUCGUGAUGUACAAGGUUUUAAUAAGCUAGCCAGUUACUUUAUUAAAACUUUGUUCCUAUGGGAAGUUGAAGAUAAGGGAGCUAUAUUUUGGAAAAAAAGCUCCUUAACAUUUUUAGUUUUCCACAUGUUAAAAAAAUUAAAGGAAUGUUUGGAAAUUGGAACUAUUAAAAACUUUUGGUGUCCUGAGCACAAUCUUCUAGAAAAAAUAAAAAUAGACACUCGUAGAAAUUGGAGUAAUCGCGUUUCUAAUAUUAUAAAUGACAUGGAAAGAAAUAAGCUGUCUAAUCCGCAGAUUGUAUUGAAAUACUUUACUCAUAAAACGGCUUUUAAAACUUGAUCAGUGCGGAAUUUGUUGGUAGGUUAAAUAAUAAAACCAAAGUAUGUUUGUCAAUAUCAUUUCCGCUAAACAGUGACUCGUGAACAGCUACCUAUAAUAUUAGAUAAAUUUAAUUUACUUAUCGACUACAUUAAGUAUAACAGACUGCACAUAGUGUUUAAAGAUGAUAUUGUUUAAAAACACUGUAAAACUAAGUAACUAUAAGGUCUUUAAUUUAAGCAUAGGCAUUUGCGUUAUACAUAAUUUAUAAAUAAAUUAAAGUUGUUAAGUAUGGAACCCCUUUUUAUCUUUGGGACUUAUCAUUCGCCCUUAAGCUAUGGUUCCCAAUAAAAAGUCGAUUAAUUUUUGACAAAAUCAUGUUUUGUCAAAAAUUAAUCUCAUAAAUAACA